GCUAUGCAUUCGCCUGAUCGGCAACACUGAGCUGGUCCCAACGCUGCUGCUCCUCACCCAGCAUUUGUCCAGACUGCCCGCCCAGCAUUUCGCCGCUCAUGCGGAGAGGAUAGCCUGUGGCACCUUGGUACUCGUCCAGGAGGCAAAUCUCCCUCACAGUGGUCUCUGCAACAUCUUUGCUCUGCUCAGGCGGAUCUCCGAGUUCCCGGCAGGCGUCGGCGCGUGCAGCGCCAGCAUUGAGUGCCUCAACUUCUGGCUAAGCGAUGACCAGGAGCUGUCGCGGCUGCUGUCCCUGCAGCAGUUUCCUGAGCUGCUGCGUACGCUGAAGGCGUUCGCCUCGCAGAACUCGACCCCAGCAUCCGCCACGGCGCUGAGCCACCUCUCGACUUUGGUUCCUCAGCUGGCCCGGGGUGCGCGGUCGCUUCCGGUUGAGGCACAGUCCCAGUGGCGCUCGCUUUGGGUACCCACACUUCAAGCACUGGCAGAUAUCGCCCGAGAUGGCUCGCAGAAGUGCUCCGCGCAGGCAUUUGUGUACCUCCAGCGAUUACUACUGGAGUGUGGUACCGAGCUGUCCCUACCCUGGGAGCAGCUGGAGUUUAGCGCCUGGAAGGAAACCCUGGAGCAGGUUUUAGUGCCGCUGCUGCAGUCGCAUCCUGCAGAAGGCACCGCCAACACUGCGCUGGCAAGCUCGCAGGAAGUGGCCACGCUGCGCCAAGCGAACGCUGCGCAACUGGUCUGCCGGGUCCUCCUCACGCACAUGCCCAGUUGGUUGAGAUCUUCUCCCGACGGCUUCCCGGUGCUUUUCCUUCGUAUCCUGCACGUCCUGGUCAGUGAGGCAACAGCAGACAAACUUCCCUUGGUGGAGUCCUUGAAGAACCUGCUGCUGGUGAUCUCCGCA